GCCUGCUUUGCGGGUAAACAGACAUGGCCGACGAGGAAGAGCCGCAGGACGCUGCGCACAACAUGGGCAACCAUCUCCCGCUGCUUCCCGCAGAGAGUGAAGAAGAAGAUGAAAUGGAAGUGGAAGACCAGGAUAGCAAGGAAGCCAGGAAACCAAACAUCAUCAACUUUGAUACCAGUCUGCCAACCUCACAUACAUACCUGGGCGCUGACAUGGAGGAGUUCCACGGCAGGACUUUGCAUGACGACGACAGCUGUCAGGUGAUCCCAGUUCUGCCGCAGGUCAUGAUGAUCCUCAUCCCCGGGCAGACUCUACCUCUGCACCUGUCUCGCCCCCAGGAAGUCAGUAUGGUGAGGAAUCUCAUUCAGAAAGACAGAACCUUUGCAGUCCUUGCAUACAGUAAUAUCCAGGAACGGGAGGCGCAGUUUGGAACCACAGCGGAGAUCUACGCCUAUCGAGAAGAGCAGGACUUCGGAAUUGAAGUCGUGAAAGUGAAAGCAAUUGGCAGACAGAGGUUCAAAGUCCUUGAGCUAAGAACACAGUCAGAUGGGAUCCAGCAGGCUAAAGUGCAAAUUCUUCCGGAGUGUGUGCUGCCUUCCACCAUGUCUGCAGUUCAGUUAGAGUCCCUCAACAAGUGUCAGAUAUUUCCCUCCAAGCCCGUAUCAUGGCAAGACCAGUAUUCAUGUCAGUGGUGGCAGAAGUACCAGAAGAGGAAGUUUCACUGUGCAAAUCUGACUUCAUGGCCCCGCUGGCUGUACUCCUUAUAUGAUGCAGAAACCUUAAUGGAUAGAAUUAAGAAACAGCUACAUGAAUGGGAUGAAAAUCUCAAAGAGGAAUCUCUUCCUUCAAACCCAAUAGAUUUUUCUUAUAGAGUAGCUGCCUGUCUUCCUAUUGAUGAUGUAUUGAGAAUUCAGCUCCUUAAAAUUGGUAGUGCUAUUCAACGACUCCGCUGUGAAUUAGACAUCAUGAAUAAAUGCACUUCCCUUUGCUGUAAACAGUGUCAGGAAACAGAAAUAACCACCAAGAAUGAAAUAUUCAGCUUAUCCUUAUGUGGGCCAAUGGCUGCUUACGUGAAUCCUCAUGGAUAUGUGCAUGAGACGCUUACCGUAUACAGAGCUGGCAACCUGAAUCUCAUAGGCCGGCCUACCACAGAGCACAGCUGGUUUCCCGGGUAUGCCUGGACCAUUGCCCAGUGUAAGAUCUGUGCAAGCCACAUUGGAUGGAAAUUUACAGCCACUAAAAAAGACAUGUCACCUCAAAAGUUUUGGGGUUUAACCCGAUCUGCUCUGUUGCCCACAAUCCCAGACACAGAAGAUGAACUAAGCCCAGACAAAGUAAUACUUUGCUUGUAAAUGGAUGUAACAUGGUAGCGGUAAAGAUGCACUCUGCUUUGGAAAUUGCCUUUGAUGCAUACACGUAAGUAACCAGCAACAUUGUACAGGGAGGGUUACAGUUUCUUAAGCCCAACUGUAUUGAAAAGUACACUUUCGAGAGGAUGAAAAGUGGUCUAAGAUGCAAGAAAACUCUUUGAAACUGAUUAUAUGCUGUUUGCUGCACAAAAAAAACCACUUUAAUUUGUCAGACAAAUGCAUUGGCACCAGUGAUCUAAAUGAUGAAAGCGCCAAGCUAGGGGGCCAAGCACGAGGUUCCCUUUGAAGGCAGCAAGCAGUGUAAUUUUUUUUUUUAAAGGAUCCUGUUCUCCAUUUUUCUUAGUAUCUCUGAAAUGCUGAUUUGUAAAUUUUGAAAAUAUUAAAUAUGAAAUUUGAGUUUAAAAAUCUCCCAUUUCCUUUACCCAUUUCUUGGUGAAAAAUGUUACCUGUGCAUUUGCACUACUUAUUUGAACUAUAACACUAGUUCUAAAACGUUUAAUUUAAACCACUGUGGGGUAGAAAUAACACUGUAUUUUGCAAUCUAUUUCAGUGGAUGUAAAUGAAAGAAAAUGUGUACGUAAACUGACCCAAACUAAAUUUAGUGUUCCUUAUUUAAAUAAUGUAACCUAUUCACAAUCGAAUAAUGGAGGUAUAAGAAAUAACAAAGAUAAAAUUAUAAGCUGUGCUACCUACCUCUUUGCUUAUAUGUAUGUUUAAAGGGUUAUUGAAUCCUUUUACAGCUGUGCAACUUUGGUCUCCUUCACUGAUCUCCUUCACUGAUUUAUAUAACUAAAACUAAUCAGGUCAAACGUCUAACCAAUUUCUAAUACCGAGGCCAAAAAUGGACUGUUAAAUUUUGUGUCAGUAAAUGAAAAUAAACUUCAUUUGCACUGCA